AUGCACCACAAGGAUAAACCUAAAAAUGAUGGUGGUUCAAAAGUAACUGCUUAUCAAGUUGAAAUACGUAAACCCGAUAGUGAUAUAUGGGAAAUUGCAAAUGAUUAUCCAAUUAAAGGAAAUGAUUUUACAGUUGAUAAUCUUUCAACAGGAAAACCAUACGAAUUUCGUGUUAAAGCUAAAAAUGCUGCUGGUUGGGGAGAAUAUACUAAACUUGAUCGACCAGUUACACUUAAACCUGAUAGUGUUGCACCUUCAUCACCUGGUAUGCCAGAAGUGAAAAAAGUUGGUAAAAAUUAUGUUGAACUAGCAUGGGCAACACCAACAAAUGAUGGUGGUUCAAAAAUAACUGGUUAUAUUGUUGAAAAACGACCAGCUGGUACUGAUCAAUGGGUUAAAGCAUCACCAUAUAUGUCAGUUGAGAAUAAUGCUAUAAUAACUGAUUUACCUGAAAAUGGUGAAGUUGAAUUUCGUGUUAAAGCAGUUAAUAAAGCUGGUGAAAGUGAACCAAGUUCAACAACAGGUCGAGUUAGAAUAACUCAAUAUCCAAAUAGACGAGCACCAACAUUUGUUGAAAAAUUAAAAGAAACAAGUGCAUCUCUUAAUGGUGAAGCAACAUUUACAAUUGAAUUUGAUGCUAAUCCAGCACCUGAAGUUAAAUGA